AUGGGAGAUAGUCAAAUCGUGGAAGCCGAAGCUGGGCUUGGGCCGAACCAGGACCCCGUCGAUGGUACGCUUCGUGAUGAUUUGGAGAGGCCGGUACUGCCUGAGAAAUCAGAGUCGAGUUCAACCCCACCAAUAUCCAAUCUGGCAAGUGUUGACGUCACCUGGGACGUCACCGUCGUCGUAUCCGCCUACACUCUCAUCUCGUCAAUCUCGACUUCUAUUGUAGCGCCUGCAUUGAGCAGUAUCGGUCCCGCAUUACAUAUUCAGAGCGCAUUCAUCUCUUCGCUUUGUCUUUCGGUCUUCAUUCUUGCAUACGCCUUCGGUCCGUUCCUCAUUGGUCCACUAUCUGAGGUCUACGGUCGAGUUUUGGUGCUACAGCUGGCUAAUUUGUUCUAUUUGGUCUUCAACACUGGCUGUGGGUUUGCACACAACACUACUCAGAUGGUGGUCUUCCGCUUCCUCGCAGGACUCGGUGGAAGCGCACCCUUUACAAUAGGAAGCGGUAUACUUGCAGACUGCUGGGUAGCUGAAGAGCGUGGAAAAUCAACCGCUAUCUAUACUCUGGCCCCUCUCCUCGGUCCAGUGUUGGGACCUGUAAUGGGAGGUUUCAUUACGGAGAGAACCUCCUGGCGGUGGCUGUUUUGGGUUAUCUCGAUCGCUGAUGGGGCUGUACAAGUUCUCGGCUUUCUGUUCUUGAGGGAAACCUUCGCGCCCACAAUACUCGCCAGAAAAGCACAGAAACUGCGAGAAGCUAGCGGCAGUCAAGCCCGGCAUACCAAAUGGGAAUUAUCGGGUCGUACAUUUUCCAAGAUAUUGAAGCUAGCACUUGUACGACCAUUCGUUCUCCUCGGGACACAGCCUAUCAUCCAAGUCAUUGCCCUCUACCUGGGUUAUCUUUAUGGUGUCGUUUAUCUUGUCUUGACAACGCUUCCCAUUUUGUGGACCGAGCGCUACCACGAAUCUAUCGGGAUUGCUGGUCUCAAUUACAUCUCCCUAGGAAUCGGUUACCUGAUAGGGACCCAAUCCACCGCCCGCAUAAACGACACCAUCUACAAAAUCCUCAAGAAAAGAAGUGGCAAAGAAGUCGGCCGGCCGGAAUCCCGCCUUCCUCUUCUUGUACCCGGUGCAAUACUUGUCCCACCACACGCAUUGAUACAACUAUUUUUCGACCCAAAUGUACCAUACAUCGUUUACUUUGGAAGCACACCGCCCAACUUAGCUCAACUGCAAUCCGUGGCGUCUGCCACGUCGCCGGAAGUGUUUACAAUGUCUCACCAAGGUCAACCAUCAAACCUAUGGCGUCCGCAACAAUUCUAUACCGGGAAAAUCGGCGCGUUGCCUGAAGAUGCACCCGGCUCGACGGCCUCAGACUGGAAGAAGGAAGCUCAUGCCAACGGAAAGGCCGAAACCCUUUUAGCAUCUUCCAUUGCCGAGAAAGCGGUAAAAGAUUCACAUGAGGAGCCGGCGGCCGCACAUCAAACGCAGGCUUUGAUGGCAGAGGUGACAACACAGGCUCAGCGUUCAUCGAUUCCCGGGACUCCCCAGGUCGUACUAACCAAUCCGCAUACUUCUCAAGCUCCGGCCCCUACAGCUACAACGCCCCUCGUCCCGGUUUCGGCACCGGUAUCUGCGGCAUCGGCCAUUGCCAGCAAGGACGAUUCGAAAACACCCCGUGUGGUCACGUUCGAGAUCCCUGCGUCAUCGGCCGCUCCCAACAAGGACGACUCGAAAACGCCCCGUUUCGUCACGUUGGAAAUACCUGCUUCGCUGGCUUCGCACCCGCCCACUACGGUCCCGGCGAACGAUGUCACGGUGUUUGCUUUGGAAGGUUGA